AUGGACAGCGUCGCCGCGUGGCUGCAUGUCGCCGCGCAGCGCCUUGCGGGGGAGCUCCGGAUCACGCUGCCGUUCUGCCUCCGCAGCGCCAAGGACGACGUCGAGGUCCUUCUUCCCCUGUGCGAGAGGGCCACGUCCAUCAGCCUCGACCUGAGCCAUCGCACCCUGCGGUUCGCGCUGCCCCCCGGCGGCGGCGUGUUCAAGGCGCUGGCCACGCUGACGAUACGGUUUGCCUGCCUGCACGUCCGCGAGCUGGAAGCCGCCGUGUCGUCGUCUCGCUGCCCGUGCCUCAAGAAGCUCGUGAUCGAGUGGAUCAGGCUGCAGCAGGACGAUGGCGACGGCGACGGCGACGGAGCUUGUGACCUAUCCAUACGCUCCGACUCACUGGAGUGGCUCGAGAUCUCCUACGCCGUGCGACUCAUCGGCCGGCUCCGUGUCCACGCCCCAAAUCUCCAGACGUUUCAUCCGUGCAUCAGGUGUGACUUGUGCGUGCUUGCCCCGAAGCUCUCGGAGGUGCGCUGGAGCAGCGGCCGUGCCUAUGAGUCUAUGACUCCAGCCGCCAUCAUCUCGCACACGCCGGCCACCAACUCCGGCGCCUAG